AGUCAUCCGCCGGCCUGUAUGCAGCAAAGUUAUUUUUGAUCGAUUUUGAAAUCCUUUAAACUAUAUCCUAAAAUAGAAAAGGCACAACUGAGAAGCUGAUAUACUAAAUCUAAAAUUUCAACAUGUCCAAGUCACAAGUAGCUAUUCCCGAAAACAAGACUGUCGCUCUUGGAGGAGGAAACAGGGAGGAAGAGACAGAAGAAACUGAAGAAACCACACUAUCAGAGACCCACAAGGAUCUUGGCCACACACAAAUUGAAGAAAAGAAAGCCACUUUUGACAGCACCAUCAACAAAUCGAUAGUGGAAGACAACCGAUCGCAACAAAUCCACUCAACCAAAAACGUACAACAAUCAGAAUCUGUAGAAGUAUCAGAAAACAAAAAGCAAGAAACUACUGACUCAAAUUUAGAAGCCUCUUCAGUUCCCCUUUCUAAUUUAGGAUACGAUCGUGUAGGACCCAUUAAAACAUUUGAACCUCUGCAGCCAUUUGCACCUUUGCAGUUUGAUUUACCCCAAUCCUUUGAGCUAGUAAAACAAGCAAAUUCCAGUUUACAAAAGUCAGAAAAUUCUCACAACCAAGAUGAACAAGCUAAUAUAGCACCACAAAGUGAGAGGAAGUUGGUAAUACCUGAAUUGAAGAUAGAUUCCCCAACUGCCAUUGAACAACAAAAUAAAGAGUACGAAAUACCAAUAGAACAAGAAUCAAAUACUAAACCAGAGCUACCCAAAUUAUACGAAGCUCCUAGAAUGCCACAAGUUCCAAAAAUCUCGGAGGUUCCAAAGGUAACAGAAAUACCACAUUUUCCAGAACUGAGGUUGUCGUCUGAAGUAUCUACGACUACACAGUCAAAUAUAUUUGAAACUUUGGGUUACACACCAGUCCAGCCGUUAGCCCCGUUAGAUAUUAAUUCGCUGUUUUCACCUGUACAUAGCCAACAGAAUGGAAAUAAAUCUGAAAUUAAAGACGGGAACAUCAGAAACUCCCUAAAGGAAAUAUUAUCUGAUUUGGACCAGUAUGCAGAGAAAAACGAGGCUAUUCGAAGAUGCACUGAGGAGAUUAAUAUUUAUUCCAGAAAUGGACAGGAUGAAAAUGCUCCCCCAAAACCACCAAUUAACCUUGAAAAAAUCUUCACGCCCGCCGAUGGAGAACAAAUUAAACCUACUAAAAGUCGAAAAGUAUUUGCUUCUUCGGCAUUUUACGAAAAAGGUUUCCAUCCAACGGUCGAGGAUCAGAUUAAGCUAGCCCACAGGAUAUCCAGUUCGUUGUCGGACAUUAGUAACAAGAGCAGCAAGGGGCAGUCGAUGUACGUGAAACGAAUGAAAAGAUCUGUCAAAUGGGUACAUGAAGGAGAAGGUCGUGGAGGUUUCAACGGUCAGGAACUAGGCAGCAACGAUGGCAAACCUAAAGACCCUCUUAAACUUGUUAUGAACCCGCAUGGGCAGGUUCAUGACAUAAAUUCUCUAAGAAAACAAGGCUACAACGUCGAACCAGCACUACUUUCUCCGGAAAUCGCACAAGAGAUUGUUAAAGGGCUUAAUUCUCCAAAAGGAAAAGGAGCAGAGUUGUUCGCAAAAAGACGCAAACGUUCAGAAAAGUGGGUAGUUGGAGAAACAAACGGCACUAGACAGACACCGAUUCCUGAAAUAGUUCCAGCUCCAGUUCCAUUGGUGUCACCACUAGCUCCACUAACUCCAUCAGCAAAUAUCCCUCCACCUAGCUAUCUGCCAGAGUCUGUCGAGAGACUUCAACACAAACAAAAAUUGGACGGUAUUCAAGAAAAGUUCAACCGUCCUAGAGUAAAGUUAAUAAAGUCCCCCUGGGACGCUGCUUUAGAGACCGGAUCAGUCGACGCAGCUUUUGUUGAAGAACCAGCUUGGCCAACGAAAGGCACCUACGUAGCUCCUGCUGUAAAUUCGUACGAAGCAGCACUAAAAAACGACUCACUGGCCACUUGGAGCGUACCGAAGUCCAACGACCAGAAGAUGUACGCUCAUAAUCCAAGCUAUAACAGCAACAGUAUCAAUAAAAUAAUCGAUGGUUACCAGAAAGGUGCCAGCAAUGUUGAUGUGUAUAAACCAACAUUGCCUCAAGGGUGGGCUACCCAUAAACAAUUUGGUAGCCAAAAGUAUUGUCAAAUAACGACUAAGAAAGUGUCAGCUUCAAAGAAUAUCCGACAACAUACAUCUGCUCCUGUCGAGACAAACAAUUCAGUAGUUUCUGAAGGUCAGGAAGUUAAACAACAAGACGCUGAAAUUCAAGCAGAUUCUUUUGUUUCUGAACAGACUGCAGGUACAAGUAUUUCAGCGGAAUGUCAAGAAUCAUCGUAUUCAAACGUAACAGAAACUGCUCAAAGUGAGUGCAAUUGGAGUUACAAUAAUGAUAUAUCCCUACCUCCCACCACAAUACAACCAGAUGACGUGGAAGAAAGUAAAGAUAGUAGCCGCAUUGUUCCUUAUAAAAUACCAAAUAUAUUCAGUUACUUAGACACCUCUAGAGAUUCCACAGAAUACAGACCAGUUAGCCCUCUUCCUUCAUGUAAAUCCCAAUCACAGGAACCAACUAAAAAGAUACCGGAAUUCAGUUUCGCUUUAGCAGAUCCUUCUACCAGAGUAUUGGAAAGCAGUUUUUCUAGUGCAAGUGCAAAUGCUAGAUCUUUACAAUCAGAAAUAUUUGAAAGCCAAGGGCACUUCAACGCCAGCAGAUCUUGCUCACCGUUUCCUAUUUACGUUCCAAAAUACGAACCUCCGUCCGCACAAUCGGUCGAGCCAAUAUCAGUAGUCGAAGAAAAACCUUCUAGUAAAAUCAUUGUUGAACCUGUGAGACAGAAGGAUCCAAGACACGAAGAACAAGUAAAAAAAAUGGCAUUGUCUGCAAAUAAAGGCAAAGAAGAUACUUUAAUGUUGCAAAAGGGUUGCUUUAAUGAGUUUAGAGAAAAGAAAAUUAGCAAGAACCAAAAAACUAUAGAUGAAUUUUCUGGGCCUAUUCAAAUUCUUGAUAACGAUAUAGCAGAUAUGGCUGAUGAAAAAUGUAAAGAGGCUAAUAGCAAAGUGUCUGCUAGCAACAAUCCAAAUAACAUAACCAGCAACAAUGAAAUUUGUAACAUAUCUUCAAUUGAAGAAGAUGCCAAAGUGACGACAAUUAAAGAAACAAAAAUUGAAGAAAGUAUUGGCGAUAAAAGUGCACUAGUAGGUAACAAUAAUAACCAAAGACAAGAAGAAACUGUCACUAAAAAACAAGAAGAAAUCGUCAACAUAAAGCAAGAAGAACCUGCCACUAAGAAAAUAGAAGAAAAACCUAAGCCAAAAAAACCUUCGCCGCCAAGAACAGAUGAACCAAAAAAGUUUAGAAAACCACCAGAAACAGUAGCUGGAGCUAAACCUUGUUUUGGACAAAUAGAUAACAACGAAUUCCAGAAGGCAAUAUUAGGUAGACAACAGUCAAUCAAAGCCAAACGAUCCCGACAAAACCAGGCAAACGAAUUUAAUCCUACAAGAUUAAAUGGAAUAGAGCCGCAAGUAAAAGUAGAAAGUAACAUCAUAAAUCAGCAGGAAGUACAAUUAACUGGUGUAGAACCAAGGGCCAAGUAUGAGAGAACAGCUAUCAGCAAAAGAGAAGAAAUAGGUCAUGAUUCAAAGUUAGCUGCCGAAAUAAAAAAGACAGAAACGGCAGAAGUUGAAAUGAUUUAUCCUAAUGAACAUGAAGAAAUAGAAAAAAUUAACUAUGCACAAGAAAGGGAAAUUCAUAUUGAUUUUCAAAAGGUUGGUGAUGAAAUAGUAUUCCCCAAUUUACCAAUUGAACCACAAGCCUUCAGUACGUUCCAGGAAUUUAUACAGAACCAGUACCAAGAACAGUUACAGUCAUCCAGUCAAUAUACCGAUGCAGACUCAGAUCAAGAGGAAUAUCGAAAAAUUCCUGUUAAAUCGUUAAUAAAGAAUUUCGAGCAGUCGGCAAUGCCGACCUUGAAAUACAAACAACUGAAGGAUCCUUUACCGGAUGUAGUAGAAAAAUUUAUUCCUUACAACAUAAGUAACUCUAGAUCAGUUGAGUCAUUCAGUAGUAGCAAUACGACGUUGCAAACUAGUCAAAGCGAUAUAAAUUUGCAAAGAUCGUACGAUAUGGUCGAGACUUCGAGGGAAAUGGAGGCCACAGUGUACCACGUAGCUAACGUUGAGGUCAAGUCUCAGUAUUUUCCUCCGGAUCAGAGCAGGAUUCAACAUAUUGAGCCUUCGGAAAAUAGCUCGUUCUGCAAAUAUAUUUCACCAUCUUCUUCCAUUGCACCUAAACCCAAUUCAACGUUUCAGCCAAUCGAUCCAAAUGAAGACUUCAGCAAUGGUUACAAUGAAGGCAAGAUUAGUGGCUUUAGUUUUAUUCUUUUGCUGAUUUGUAAGAUGUUAUGUGACGUCAUGGAUCGAACACUCUACCAAGAACUAAACCAAAAUCUACCGCCUCACCAACUUACAAACCACCAGGCAGUCCCUCAGUCUUCAUCCCUAAAGAAAGCCCCAGCUACUUUACUCCCUCUGAAGCUGAACCUAACUACAAUUACGAGCCCUCUCUGCAAAUAUCACAAGCGCCCAAGCCAACCAAAAAACUGGACUUACACAGUCUUCAAAAUUAUAACGUAGCACCAAAGGGAUGGACAGAAGCAAAGAACUUCUACAAACCACUGAGUUUUAACCAGCCCAAAGAGAUGUACUCUGAUUUUUAAAGUAGCAGUUAAUAUUUUGUGUUGUUUGUAUUUGUUUUGUUUCUGUUUUUAGUAAUUUAAGAUGUGUUGUUGAUAUUUUUGAGGCACAUUCAUGCAAUAAAUUAGCACUAAGUGUAUAUUGUUCAGAAUAAACGAGCUGGAAAUACAGUAGAUUACCAGUUCACACAAUUAAACUUUUAAUAAAAAUUUGUAAUGCAACAUUGUAAGUGGUAUCUACUACACAUUAAAGGCAAACAAUUAUUUGUAGAUUCGGUUAAAGUUUAAAAAAUCCUUAUUGUAAUUGUUGUUCAGUUAUUAAUAAAAAUAAUUGGCUUAACAUGCACAAAUUCUAGGAAAUAUUCUUUCUGUGUAGACGAUGUAGUGCUUCUAGUGAUAUUCACUAAAGAGUUGUUAUGCUUUCUUGAUUAUUUGUUAUCCACACAUUGUGAAUAUUAUAAGAAUAUAUUU